AGUCGAGGGAGGAUGUACGCCCCUGUUGGCGGGCCCAGCAACCAACAACUACCCCUGGUCAAUCCAUGGUGGGUCCAUCCGGCAGCUGGAGGAGCAGUUGGGCACGGACAGGAUCAGGAAGAGAGGACGUCCCUGCUUGAGGGUGGCUGCAGUGACAGGGGUGGUGGCGAGAGUCAGGGCGGGGGUGGGCCCAGGGGUGGCGUCAUGGACUCUAAUCAACAACAAUUUUGUCUGAAGUGGAACAGCUUUGGCAGCAAUUUGGCCACAGCAUUUUCGAACCUCUUCAAAAGCGAGAGUCUCACCGAUGUCACCCUCUUCUGCGAGGGUGAGUCAAAUCCCAUAUUAUUAUUACACACGUCGUGUCAAAACUUAGCGAAACACCUUAAACCUUGA